AGUUGUGCGUUUCUGUUACCGGUGGAAGAAAAGAAAUGCAUGCUAUGAGUCGUAACCAUCAGACAUACUAAUAAUCGUAUUGUUGCGAGCAGAAUGAAUUAAUGGAUGUCUGAAAAUUAGCUGUGGUGAAUGUUUUCCGGAUAUACCUUCAAAUCAUGGAACAAAGAGGACGCCGAGAACAGAAGGGACGACGGCAAUGGGUCGCAUUUAUGGUUGCUUUGGUUCUGUUGUGGAGUGAAUCUUCGGCGCAGAUACGAUACUCAAUUUCUGAGGAGCUGAAGGAAGGAACUGUCGUGGGGAAUAUAGCGAAAGAUCUGGGAUUAGAUCUGACCACCUUGAAACAGAGAGGAUUUCGAAUCGUAGCUGGCUCGACAGAGCCUCUUUUCCAGGUGAAUCAGAACGACGGAAAAUUGUAUGUGAAACGUAUAGUAGACAGAGAGGAUGUGUGUGAGCGGAGCAGUGACUGCUUAAUCAACCUGAAAACAGUGCUAGAAAACCCACUGGAAAUCCAUUACGUUGCGGUGGAGGUGCUUGAUGUGAACGAUCACACGCCAAGCUUCCCUGAGAAAGAGAAACGUUUAGAGAUUUCUGAAUCAACCUUACCAGGUGCCCGGUUCCAGCUUCAAGCUGCCCGUGACUUAGAUGUUGGAAUGUAUUCGGUUAAACAGUACAAACUCAGUCACAACGAUCAUUUUCGUCUGGAAGUUAAAGACCGAGGCGAGGAUCGUAAAACACCAAUUCUAAUUUUACAGAAACCUCUGGAUAGAGAGGCCAUUAAAAUACACGAAUUACUUCUUACAGCCAUUGAUGGAGGUAAACCACCCUUGUCGGGUGAGAUGCGAAUUUCUGUAGAAGUAUUAGAUAUAAACGACAACCCACCCAUUUUCAUAAAAGAUGUUUACUCGGUUUUACUGAAUGAAAACGCUCCCAUAGGAACGACAGUCAUGCAGGUAAAUGCCACGGACUUGGACGAGGGGUCUAACAGUGAAGUAAUCUAUUCUUUCGGAUCUGACGUAGACAUAAAGGUGCGUGAAAGUUUUGAUCUAAAUUCGAAAACGGGUGAGAUAAUUGUAACAGGACAGAUAGAUUUCGAAGAAAUUAGGAAAUAUGAUAUCGAUAUACAGGCAUCAGACAAGGGGGCUGCUCCUAUGACAACAGACAAAAGUAUUAUUAUAAAAAUUGUUGACGUAAACGAUAACGCGCCUGAGAUUGAGGUGACAUCAUUUUCCCGAGCAAUCCCAGAGGAUUCCAGGCCAGGCACUACAGUAGCUUUAAUCAGUGUCAAUGAUUUGGAUUCUGGUCUCAAUGGGAAAAUUAUCUGUUCCAUCAGUGAGGAUGUCCCUUUCACGUUAACAUCAUCUUUACAGGAUAACAUGUACUCUGUAGUUACCAAGUCACCUCUGGAUAGGGAGAAACAAUCUCAGUAUGAUGUAACGAUAGUCGCCAAAGACGCAGGACAACCAUCUUUGUCAUCUGUAAAGACUAUCAGCGUCACGGUAUCAGAUGUGAAUGAUAACCGUCCAGAGUUUUCACUGAGCCCCUAUACUUUCUAUAUCACAGAAAAUAACGAGGCAGGUGUAAAGUUGUUUUCUGUUAGUGCAUCUGAUAGAGAUGAGAAUGAAAACGCACAUGUUUCCUAUCAAAUAGUCAGAGAUGGAGUGGAGAAUACAUUUGCAUCGUUUCUCAAUGUUAACUCUGAAAACGGAGAAAUAUUGGCACUAAAAAGUUUUGACUUUGAAACGAUCAAAAUAUUCCAGUUUCAAGUUGUGGCCACAGACUCUGGAACUCCGUCGCUAAGCAGCAACGUCACAGUGAAUGUGUUCCUUCUGGAUCAGAACGACAACGCUCCAGUGAUCUUGUAUCCAGGCAGCGCUAACGGUUCUGCUGAAGGUGUGGAGGAGAUUCCCCACAAUGUGAACGCAGGACAUUUGGUGACUAAAGUGAGAGCCUAUGACGCAGAUGUAGGAUACAACGGCUGGUUGUUGUUUUCAAUGCAGGAAGUUAGUGACCACAGUCUCUUUGCUCUGGACCGCUACACAGGACAGAUAAGGACACUUCGAUCCUUCACAGAGACAGACGAGGCUGAACAUAAACUGGUCAUACUGGUCAAAGACAAUGGGAACGUUUCACUCUCAGCAACAGCUACUGUGAUCAUCAACGCAGUGGAGCCCAAAGAGGCUUUUGCUGCUUCUGAUGUUAAAAGCUCAGUCAAAGAUGACGAUGAGGGCAAUGUUACAUUCUAUUUGAUCAUCACAUUGGGGUCAGUUUCAACUCUUUUCCUGGUCAGCAUCAUCGUGUUGAUUGUAAUGCAAUGUUCUAAAACACCAGAUUAUUCAUCCAAGUAUUUACAAGAUGCGAACUAUGACGGGACACUUUGCCACAGCAUCCAGUACAGAUCCGGAGAAAAACGGUACAUGUUAGUUGGACCUAGAAUGAGUAUAGGUUCUACUAUAGUCCCGGGCAGCAAUGGGAAUACUCUGGUGGUCCCCGAUCACAGGAGGCGUGCGUCUGGAGAGGUAAGCGUUGCUUUCUUAAAAUGUUACCGUUAUGUGGAAUAUGAUCUGCAUUUCAUAUGUACUAUGACACUUCACCUUAUCAUGUUUUGA